AUGGGGUGGUACGACGGCGGCGACGAGCUGCUGGAGGAGGAGCGCUCCGUGCGCCUCGGCGAGAACGCGCUGGUCGCGGGCAUCGCGUUCGCGCUCUUCUGGGCCAACUUCGGGCUGUCGUGGCACCUGUCCAGCCGCCGCGUGCCCGAGUUCUCGAGCUUCACUGCGGCGCAGAAGGCCGACUGGUGCUCCAGAGUGAACUCGACCAUCCACGCAGUGCUGGUCGUGAUCGGCGUGGCCUACGCGCUGGCGGAUAUCAGUUGGGCCGAUGGGUUCAUGCCCAUGUCGUCGCUGCGCGCCGCGAGCUUCAUCUUCUCCAUUGCAAUCGGCUACUUCUUGUGUGACCUGAUCAUCAUCAUCAUCUGGCCGGUGCCGAUGCAAUGGGUCUUCAUUAUUCACCACAUCGUCGCUGUAGUCCCGUACUUCAUCAACAACUUCAUUUCGUGCUGCGCGGCGUGCCAGUUCGGUCUGCUGCUGUUCCUGCUAGUCGAGCUCGCGACGCUGCCGCUCAACGCGCGCGGGUUCAUGGACGCCAGGGACCGGCAGGACUCGAAGAACUACAUGCGCUCCAUCUACACCACGUACAUCAUCUGGGGCAUCUCGCGCACGGCGCUGCCGAUCUUCGUCAUGUACGACUUCUGGGCCUACGCGUACCCGUCGGACCGCAACCACGACACGUGCUUCUUCCCCAACCUCGUGAGCGCCCACAUCAUCGCGCUCUUCUGCGUCGGCGUCUUCUUUUUCGUGCACACCCCGGAGAUGAUCCGGAUUAGGCGCGAGCACCGACGCGCGCACGGAGCCGCGGACCCGUCGUCCGACGUGACCGUCAACACGGACGACGCCGAUCUGGUCGACGGCGAAGCGAACGACGUCCCCAGCGCCAAAGCCAACAAGCCCAGCAGUCUGCGCAGCCUUACUCUGUCCCUCUCUAGACCAAAGGAGCCUAUCACAGACGACUCCUACGACGAUAUCGAGCUCGGGGUCAUGCCUCGAAGUGCCCGAAGUGCCCGGGUCUCAUGA